AUGCCCCAUGCCUUUCUUGGUUGGACCAGCCCAACCGGCGAUUUACGUCUUCCUGAAUUGGGAGAGCAAGCACAAGUCUCUCUUCUUUUUUUGUUUUUACCCUUUAUUGGAACUUUAAAAAUUCUUCCUACUGAACGGGAGCUACUAGAUUUGUAUUUGUUGAAUCUUCCUUACCAAGACCCCGAAUGGGUUAACUUUUUGAACACCACGCAGCUCAGUAGUCCACCCGCUGAGCUGGAUUCCGCUUUCCAGUCGUUUAUGCGGCUAGAAUUCUCCGUAUCCGCCCGGGAAAUGGAGAAGUUCGAAUCCGUUCCGUUCGGAUAUUGA